AUGAUGGAGAACAGCAGCAGCGGCGAUGCCCAGCCGCAUUUGACGGGCCUGCCGCCACUGCCAAAAAGUCUGAGUGCCGCCACGGCGGCUCCUAUGGCCAUUGGCCCGCAUCCACGCACCGGAUCGCCAGCGUCCAGUGUUUCCGCUCUGACCGCAGCCGCAGGCGAACUCUACCUGGGCCCCUCCACCUCCUCGUCGGCGGCCAGGAAUCGCAGCUACAACGGACACGGACAUAGCCAGCGACAUGGCAGCCUCUCCUCCACACAGGAGUCGCUCAGCGAUCGGGAGUCCGUGCACAGUCGCGCCUCCAGCACACAUAGCGCCGGGGCUGGCCACACGCCCACCAACAGCUCGAGCAGCACGGGCGCCACCUCGUCCACGAUCGACAACCAGCUGGCCAUCCUGCGCAGGGAGAUGUACGGCUUGAGGCAGUUGGAUCUUUCUUUGCUAUCGCAGCUGUGGGCGCUCAACGAGUCGAUACAGGGAUUUCGAGUGUUCCUGCAGGAGCAGGAUGCCCUGUCGCCGCCAUCGAGGUCUCGCACGCCAUCGGAUGCGAAUUCCUUGAGCUCGGACGAGGAGGACGAUGGCUCCUAUGCGCCAGUGACUUUGCCCAAGAUGGCAGAUCCGCCUGGAGGAGGCGGUGCGGGACUGGCUAGCUCUAGGGCCAUGGCCUCGCCGGCAGCCAGUGGGGGACUGCCCACCAAACUGGCCACCGGAUCGACCACCUCCCAUGCCUCGACCAGCUCCACUUCGGGGGCCUCGGGCUCAUCCUCGGCUGCCUCCUCCAUGGGCAAGCAUCAACAAAUGCAGCAGCAGCAGCAACAGCAGCAGCAGGCGACUUCCCAUUACCAUCAAAGACCGGAGCCGCCACCCGCACCACCAGCCCAGCACAAGGCGCAUCCACAGCUGCCGAGGAUCCUGCAGCAGCGCAUGAGACAAGCGCCGCCGCCACCGCCACCCACAAGGCAAAAGGGGGGCAGCAGCAGUAGCCACAGCAUCAGCAGCAGUAACCACAGCAUCAGCAGCGUCACACAGCCGCAUCCACAGCCACACCAUCAUCCCCAACCGCAUGCCCACCAUUCGCGGCCCGUAUGACAAAACCCGUUCUUGGACUAAGCCAAGUUCAAGAACAGAAGCAGAUUCACAAACGCAGCCGCUGGCAACACUUCGGAAAGGGUCAAUUAGACAUUUCUCCAAGAGUCAAUUCAAAUUCAAGUGCAGAAAGAUCACACUCACUCAGUCUGUCAGCCAACACUCUCAUCUCAUAAAAAAGCUUGCCAUGUCCUAGUUCUUGAUAUUGAAACACGAAACAUAUGAACGGUUUAUAAAUGUUUUAUGCGAAACGAUGAAAA